GUCAGAUAUACGAGAAUGGCGAGCUGGCCGCGGUGAUGAUGAACCAGGGUCGGAACAAUCAGGAGCAUCGAGAGAACGUCGCCUACCAGAACGUGGCUCACGGCUCGCGUCGUUUUCAAAACCGCCCCUCCAAUAACACGGUACAGAUUCAUCAGAAUUUGAAUCUAUUUUAUCAAAAUACGAUUGACUUUACACGCAACUGUAAUCGGGCUCGACUGCAGCCGCAGCAGCAGCAGCAGCAACCGCAGCAGCCAUUGCAGCAGCAGCCACAGCAGCAGCAGCAACAACCACAGCAGCCGCAACAGCAGCAGGAGCCGGAGGAGAACAUUUACGAGCGUCUGGACAACGACGACGACGAAGAUGACGACGCAAACGCGCACGAUGCUCCGCGAAACGAGCCCUUGGCGCAAAAUAACCCGGGCAACGCGGAUCACAUGUACGAGAGGAUCGACGAGCGGAUAUCGUGCAGCGGUAGAGCGCAUUGCCGUGGUUACAAAUAUCACGGAUUGAAUCACGUAUCCGCUCAUAGUUUCUUGAACGACAUGGAGGGUGCCAGGAACGCGAGCCAAUACGAUCAACUGAGGCAUAUUUAUUUGGAUUAUUCUCGACUGAGUAGUAACCUCUGCCAAAGCUCUCUCAGCAGAUUAGGCCGCAAUUGCUUUUCGACGGAGAACAUCGCGUAUGCUUCCACGAGACGCUCCGUUCAUCCGUUCGUGUACAACAAUUGCACAUGCUCAUAUUGCAGGCAGGUAGACGCGAGAUACCUCUGCCACCAUUGUCACAAUUUGCACAACAGAUUGAGAUACCAAGACGCCGCGACUAUUUCCAGACAUUAUGUGUACCAACUCGCGAGAAACUGCAGAUGCCCCUUCUGUCGCGGCGAAUAUCCCUACACGAAGCUUCCUACAAAUGCCCCUCGCGCCGCCGAGCUCUUUAGAAUGGAAUGCUGUCACUGUAGGAAUCCCGCCAAUUGCAACUGUCGCAGUAAGAUCCUAUCCGACGCGAACUCCGCGAUUUAUAUCGGCAGAUAUCUAGAUUGGAUCAGUCGGACCGGUCAAUCUGUCAACAAUCCCCUGUACGCCACGAUUCACGUCGGUAGAAUAGACCGUGUUUCUUCCAUGUCCGGAAACACGUCAAACAGCGGAAAUCUACCGAGUGCGGCCGAUCCCGGGCCUUCAUCGUCUAAUAACGCGACUUCUCGAUUCAACGACUCCAAUUCGUCGUCGAUUUUGCGGUCGGUGUUUGCUCCGGGCUCUUCCACGUCGAAUAACGCUUCUAUCUGUACCGUGAAUCGAUACGUGGAGCGCCAACACACUUGCGACGACUCGUGCAUUCGUAGCCAGAGCGGCAGUUUGGCCGGGAUAUGCCAACUUCUCGGUAGAUGCGAGAGAACGGAAUGCAAUCAUGGGAGACUGUCCGUGCAUUGGUGGUUCGUGAACAAGUGGCUUCCCUUGUGGAAUUCGCAUCAUCUCGACAGAAAUGCGGACGGACCGUGCGUAGACGAAACAUCGCGAGAACAGCGAGAAAGCGACAGCGACGAAUCUUAAGUCGAGGAAGUUGAUUUAUCGUCCGAGUACCUGCUGCGUAUCACAAGCGUAUUUUCUUACGUUCGCUCCCGCCGUUCACGAUGCGAUUACGGUUUAUAUCAGGGUCGGGCUUUUACGCGCAAAUGAUACGCUACGUGUAGACAAUGUAAACUAUGUCAUCUAUGCAGACAAUGAUCAAUCUAUACAUAUCGUUUAAAAAAUGUUUUGCUUAAAACUUAAUUAUAAGUUCAGAUUUUAUAAACGUUAAUAUUUUUAUUUAAUCUAUAAAAUUUUAAUGUAAAUUUACGUUAUUUUCUAAACAAGUUAGUUAAAUUAUAAAAUUUUUUAAUUACAUUUUUAUUUAUAUAUAUAUAGAAAGUUUAAAAGUACAAAAUCUACACAAAAAGUUAAAUGUGCCAAUUUGUCACAUAGUCAAAUGAAAAUUUCAUGUAAUUUGUUAUCUUUUCUUAAACAUCACAUUAAUUAAUACAGAUAUUAAUUAAUACAGAUACACAUUAAUUAAUACAGAUACAGACUCAAAACAGAUAUAGUAAUUGUUCCAUGAUUUACUUUUUUUAUAUAUUUUAAUAUAAUUUGCAAUAUUUUAUAUAAUUUAUAUUGUUUACAUAAAAGAUUAUUAUAUACUACACAUCACGUAGAAAAUACGUAAAAAAUUCGCGUAGACAUAAUUUUGAAAUCUACGGCACAGCCCUGGUUUAUAUCGACACAACGUGAACAUCACUUUCUUGGAGAUAUUUUAAUGAUGUAAUAAUAACACUUUGCGUAUACGCCGUGACAAUAAAUUUAGAUAUCGCGUUUUCAGAAUAUUCGGGAGUUUUGUAAUCAUAAGUAUUCUCAUUUUUUUCGAAGCAGUUUACGAUUACCUAGGUGACUACUUUUAGGUUUAUUUUAAUUUGUAAGGGCGUAUCUCCCUCAGAUUAUAUAGAUCUGUGCGCUCUAUAACGUUGCUCUGAUAAAUAUUCGAAUCCAUACAGUUACAAUAUAUAACGUAACGUGUGCGUUUGUGAGUCAUUUACUUUAGAAGUGUCGCGUUAGAUAAUCAUAUCGUAGGGACGCUUUUCUAGAAAGUUGGUUAAUAAUGAUUAGUACGGAGUAUUGUUAGCAAAUGUUUCGAAAUGGUAUAGUGUUCUUUUAACUAUGACCCAUUGGUAGUUAACGUUUAAGUUAACAUUUUUCAGCUGUGAUAUGUAUUAGAUCGGGUACUCUACCGAUCUAAUUUACGGGCUAAUCCUGCAUAGGUGCCGCGUCGCAAUGCUAAAAUCGUUUGCGUCGUGUAUUCUUUCUAAGUUCUCGAAAGCGGAACGGGCGAAAGAGAGUGAAAUUUUGCAUCUGUGACGAAAAAAAGGGUGAAAAAAAAGAGAGAAAUAUCUGGCAGAGUGUACAAAGACACGCGAACAAAUCUUAUCUAUAUCUCAUAGACUUUGCGUAUCGAGCGAGACGAUCGCUCAUUUCGUGUGUCUUAUCGUUAUUGUAAUACAUGUAAUAUUCUAUCUUGCGAGAUUUUUGGUGUACUCUCGUCGGUGUAGUCAGUAUUAAGUUAUCUCUACACACUACUUAAAAUUCUCUCUUUCUUUCUUAAAUCGUGAGUGUCGCGUUAUCGUCAAUACUUGGCGGCAUUGUCCAUCGCUCAUUUGCAAAUAGGAAUAACUAACGCCUGUCCAAUGCGUUGUCAGUCAUUUGCGAGUCGAUCCGAUUUCUUAAUGACUUUAAGCAACACUGGUCUAAUGACGUCGACAUUCAGGUGUUAAAUUAUACAUAUAUAAUCACAUAUAUACAUAUAUAUAUUUAUGUAUAAAUAUAUGUAUAUGUGUGUUGCGCGUGCGUGAUUGUACAGCACUUUUCAACAAGAUAUCCUCUGUGAGGACAAGUACAGCGGACGAUUGUAUACAUGCUCUACUACAGUUCUGAGUUUCACAGAAGGUUAAAUAAUGUUUGAUACAUAUACAUGCAAUAUGAUAUCUUUUCGACUUGGACUUGUUCGUAUUGUAUAUUUAGCGUGUAAUCGUGUUCAGCAUAAAGGAAGGUCUACCAUUUAUGGCAUAUGUUACUGUGCAAACGAAUGCAUAAUAUAAUGCAUAAGAAAUGCAUAAUAAAAUAUAAUAUAAUGCAAUAUAUAAAUACUAAUUAUAAAUUGUUUUCUUGUAACACAACUGAUCGAUACAAAUAGAUCAGUUGCUUUUCUUUGUAUUAAAAAAUACUGCAAAAACUA